GCACUCUCUCUCUAUCUCUCUCUUCAAAGAUAAGACGCAUUUCUUCCCUCUCUUUCUCUCUCUACAUCAUUAUUCACACUCUCUCCUCUUUCUCUCUCUCUAAACUGACUUUCUCUCCAGACUAUGUUUAUCCUCUCUGCAUCGCCUUGCGGACUCUUCACCACCAGAGCUAGGGUUUCGUCUCCAUUACCGUAUUCCAAGCUCUCUCCGAUUUCCUGCUCGUUGCCCGUUCGAUCGAGAGGUCGGAGGUGCGAGUGCGCGGUCUUCUGCUCUUCGAAGUCCAGAGGAAUGGCGGAAAUGGUGGAGGACAAGGAAUCGACUGUGGCCGUUUUCGCCUCGAGCUCCGCGUCGGAGAAGAGCGAGCUCUACCAUUCGCGCACGUUUCUUGAUGCAAGCACCGAAGAAGAUCUGCUUUACGGAAUCAGAAAGGAAACAGAAACUGGAAGGCUGCCUUCAAAUGUUGCUCAGGGGAUGGAGGAAUUGUAUCAGAAUUAUCGAAAUGCAGUUUUUCAAAGUGGGAAUCCCAAGGCAGACAAGAUAGUUAUGUCAAACAUGACUGCAGUUCUUGAUCGUGUUUUCAAAGAUGUUGAGGACCCUUUUGUCUUUUCACCAUACCACAAAGCCUUGCGCGAACCUUAUGACUACUUCAUGUUUGGUCAAAAUUAUAUCCGCCCUUUGGUUGAUUUCAGGAGUUCAUAUGUUGGCAAUAUAUCCCUUUUCAAUGAAAUAGAAGAGAAGCUACAGAAGGGACAUAACGUUGUCUUGAUUUCCAACCAUCAAAGUGAAGCAGAUCCAGCUAUUAUUGCACUGCUGCUUGAAGAAACAUGUCCACAUAUUACUGAGAACCUGAUCUAUGUGGCGGGAGAUAGAGUUUUAACCGAUCCUCUUUGCAAGCCUUUCAGCAUGGGAAGGAAUCUCUUAUGCGUAUACUCGAAAAAACACAUGUUUGAUAAUCCUGAGCUUGUCGAGAUGAAAAAAAGAGCAAACACGAGAAGUUUAAAGGAGAUGGCUUUGCUUUUGAGGGGUGGAUCACAAAUAAUAUGGAUUGCACCAAGUGGUGGAAGGGACCGCCCAGACCCCAUCACGAAAGAAUGGUAUCCGGCACCCUUUGAUGCUUCUUCAGUGGACAAUAUGAGAAGGCUUGCAGAACAUUCUGGCGUUCCUGGUCACAUUUAUCCUUUGGCAAUAUUGUGCUAUGAUAUUAUGCCCCCUCCACCACAGGUUGAAAAAGAAAUUGGGGAGAAAAGAGUGAUCUCUUUUCAUGGAGCUGGACUGUCAGUGGCACCUGAAAUCAAUUUCCUUGAAAUUACUGCUGCUUGUGGGGACCCUGAAGAGGCUAAGGUGGCAUAUACAAAAGCGCUAUAUGAUUCUGUGAAGGAGCAAUACGGUGUGCUCAAUUCUGCUAUACAUGGCAAACAAGGUCUAGAGGCAUCAAUUCCAACUGUAUCGUUGUCACAGCCAUGGAACUAACCAACUGCUUGUACCUUUUCUAUACGAUAAUCAGGCUAAGAUGAUUCAUUCUACAUAACAUUGUGUACUUGGUCGCUAUUCAAUCGUAUAAUGCACUUCAGAGAAAGAAUCACUGCUCAUUGCUCAUUACUCAUUACUCAUUACAACUCCCUGUGAAGCAUGCCUUCUUUCAUCUGUUCGUUUUGAGAUGCUCACAAUUUUGUGGAGAUAAAAUCAACCGCGACCGGAUUUAUCUGAGGCACUCGCUGUACAGUAGUCUUUAGUCCUUCAAGACUCAUAAAAAAAAAAAUAGUAGUCUUAGUCCCUUCAAGGAAUUGGGACAGUCAUUAGCAACUUACUUGUAUAUCAUGUAUCAGAUUUUCUUUUAUUCUCAUAGCUCCGUUAUAGUCCGUUUUUCUUCUGAUAAGGAUCACAAUACUCAACCACAGAAGUUCACUCGUGAAUAUACUAGAAAGGGUAAAUUUCCGGUUCUAGGGUAGUGUAAGUAAAUAGUUCUGAAAUGCCCAAUAAAAAGUCCAUUUGGGUGUUCAAUGGCAUUUUCUUGCUGAUAAUAACACAGCGAUUGUCAAACAUUUUGUUGUUGUUGUUGCUGUUAUUUCUUUAACAGAGCGUUCUUCCGAUA